AUCGCCGCUGUUUGUACCGGCUCACAUUCUGGACGCGGCACAGCAAGAAGCCGCGACUGGAUAUCGACUCCAUGCACGCGGAAUACUCGAGCUCGAGCAGUGAAACCUCCUCCGAGUCGCACGAACGCGAGAUGCAGGUGCUCAAACAAACAGACGAGAGUGAGGAUUUUCCAGAAAAGCCAGAGAAUACCCAGGCGGGGGACGUUAUAGUUGAAGACUCCGAAAAUAACGCAAACCACGGGGGUACUUCCUGUUAUCGCCGGAUAUUCAACUGGAUCUGUGGACUGGAGAAUGUCGACAAGACUCAUAUAAACAAGCGGAAGGUUCAGAGGGUGGAUAUGGUAGAUAUCGCUGAGCAGCCUCGAUGGAAACUCGUCUCCAACGUAGCAGCAGUCGUCUGUAUGAUAUGCAUGAUCACCGUCGCCAUCGUGUUUGCGUAAACACCUUAGCCAUCGUGUAGGCCUAGACACCUUAGCCAUCGCGUUUAUAUAAACACCGUCGCCAUCGUGUUUGCAUAAACAAGGUAGCCAUCGUGUUUGCAUACACACCGUCCCGAUCGUGUAUACAUAAACACAGUAGCCAUCGUGUUUGCAUAAACACAGUGCCGAUCAUGUUUGCCUAAACACCGUCGCCAUACUGUUAGCCUUCGCACACAGUAACGCAGCAAUUGGUCAAUAUAUUGUGUAAACACCCUACUAUAAGUACAUAUAUUUAACGAAAAGAUGUUAAAAACACCGUACUACAUUACAUUAAAAACACCGUACUACAUUACAUUAAAAACACCGUACUAUAUGGAACUUGCUUACAAGAUUGUACAAAUAUCGUGCUACCUAGACUUUUGUGGCUAGAUUGUAAAAACCCCGCAGUACGUGGUCAUUUACGGCUCUUUGGUAAAAACAUCAUACUACGAAGACAUUGUUGAGUGCUUUAGCUUAACACAGUACAAUGUGGAUAUUGCUGAAUAUAUUUAAUAAAUACCGAGCUACCUAAGUA